AUGGGCAUCCGCAGCGGUUUCUGGAAGGCCCUGCAGCCAUACGCGCGGCUGCAAGGCAUGGGGUUCCUUCAUGGCCGCCGCGUCGCUGUGGACCUCUCCUCGUGGAUCUUCUCCGCCAUGAGCACCAAAUCUCCCACCCUCCGCAACAUCUUCUUCCGCACGCUCUCCCUCUUCUCCAAGAUGGGGGCGUUCCCGGUGUUCGUGCUGGACGGCGUAUGCGCCAAGGCCACCUCUACAAGUGAAGCCUUCACGCGAUGCGUCCACGAGUGUGUGCAACUGCUUGGGCAUCUGGGAAUGCCGAUACUCCGGGCAAAGGGCGAGGCGGAAGCACUGUGCGCCCAGUUGAAUCGUGACGGCAAGGUGGACGCCUGCAUUACCUCUGACAGCGAUGCCUUCCUCUGUGGAGCCAACACUGUCAUCAAAGUGUUCUCCUCCACUGCCAAGGAGCCUUUUGAGUGCUACAACAUAGCAGAAAUCCAGGAUGGAAUUGGGUUGAGUAGGAAACGAAUGAUAGCCAUGGCGCUUCUUAUUGGCAAUGACCAUGAUUUGAAGGGGGUGCCCGGUGUGGGUCUUGAGACCGCACUUGCGUUUGUGCAGUUAUUUCAUGAGGAACAUAUCUUGGACGAAUUACGAGCAAUCGGUAAAGGAAUAUAUCCACCUGCAGCCUUCGCAUCUCAAUGUCCUAUCUUUCACAAGGCGCGUGAUCUGAAUUGGAAAAUCAAUGUCUGCAAAAGAUUAGCUGCUCACCCAAAUUUCCCAAAUGAGGAGAUAAUUAAACUAUAUCUAUGUGAUGACAAUUUGGAUACAGGUAUUCGCACUCCCCUUUGCUUGUAUAUCUAA